AUGACCGUCAGCGACGGCGCCGAGCGAUCGGGGUUGGCUUCGGGAGGCACCACCGCGUUUACGUCUCGCCGGUGCCCGAGCUAUCCAUCGCCAUCGGACGAGCCGGCCUGGAGCCGGGGCGGGGGGGCGAAAUGCCGCUCGCGAGAAGGAUCGUUACAAUUCCUGUCGUGUGCGGCUACCGCCGGCGCGCGGUACCGCACAGAAGUUGGCACCUUCGCCGUGCCUGAGCCCCUGAGCCGGUUCCAGCGAGCGCCGCGGUCGUGUGAAAUACGGCUGCCGUCCAGACCGACUUCUGCCAACUCUGCGAGGAUCUCUUUACAGUUUAUAGAAAACAGCCGGUCGCACGUUGGUGUGCGAACGUGCACCAUCAAACCUGUUAAAAUGGAUGCGGUACGUGAGCAUCCACGCCGUGUUCCUGAGGUACGUCUGCGGGAGGAGGCUCUUUCAGAUGCACACCAUGGGCUCACUGGGGAAGAGUCGCCCUCGAAACGCCCGAGCGAGCCCGGGACGGGAGGACGGCCAGCGGAGGACGACCCGGCAUUUCUGCGCCCGCCGCCACCACCGCCUGCACAAGCCCCAACAACCCGCAACGCGCCGCGGCUCUUUGUUCCCGCGGCGGCCGGACGGGGACGCGGGGCUGAGGGCAGCCCGCUGCCUCAGGCCGGGCAGCCGCCGGUGCAGCUGCAGGCAGAGGUUUGCUUUGUUUUCCUUUUUCAGGAUGCUUCGGGUGCAGAUAUUCGGAAAGCAUAUCGAAAGCUUUCACUGGUUUUACACCCAGACAAGAAUAAAGAUGAAAAUGCAGAAACACAGUUUAGGCAAUUGGUGGCUAUCUAUGAAGUUUUAAAGGAUGAAGAAAGGAGGCAGAGGUAUGAUGAUAUUCUGAUCAAUGGACUACCAGAUUGGCGACAGCCUGUAUUCUACUACAGGCGGGUGAGAAAAAUGAGCAAUGCUGAGCUGGCAUUACUCUUGUUCAUUAUACUCACAGUGGGUCAUUAUGCUGUGGUUUGGUCAAUCUACCUGGAAAAACAGCUGGAUGAACUGCUUAGCAGAAAAAAGAGGGAGAAGAAGAAAAAAACAGGCGGCAGGAGUACAGAUGAAGCCAAACUUGCUGCUCUAGACAAAAAUGAAAGAGUACUGGACAAACCACAGUGGCAUGACUUACUUCCAUGCAAGUUGGGAAUAUGGUUCUGUCUCACUGUGAAAGCUUUACCUCGGCUAUUCCAGGAUGCCAGACAAUUAUAUGUAGAAUAUAAAGAAACAAAAAUGAAGGCGAAAGAAGAUGCCCUGGCUAAGGCUGAACUUGAAACACUUCAGAAGGAGAAGAAGCUUAAAGUCAAGAAACCAAAAUCAGAAUUCCCUGUAUACACUGUUCUGGAGUCAAGUGCGUAUAUACCAUUGUAUGAUCAUGGAGCUUCAAUUGAAGAGGUUGAGGAACAGAUGGAUGAUUGGUUGGGAGGCAGGAACAGAACACAAAAAAAGAAGGCACCUGAAUGGACAGAGGAGGACCUCAGCCAGCUGACAAGAAGUAUGGUUAAGUUCCCAGGGGGGACCCCAGGUCGAUGGGAAAAGAUUGCUCACGAAUUGGGUCGAUCAGUGGCAGAUGUUACCAUGAAAGCCAAACAACUAAAGGAUUCUGUUACAUAUACACCAGGUAUCAUUAGGCUCUCCGAGCUUAAAACGCUGGCCCAGAAUUCCAAGAAUGUCAAAGUCAACGUGAAUUUGCCAGACCACAUAAUCACCCAGCGAGAAAGGGAGGAGGAGGAAGAGGAGGAAGAGGGGAACUACAAUCGUAUCCCAGAGCAGACGGAUGUCCAAACAGAUCAAAAGGAGAUCACUGCAAGUGAAACUAGACACCGCAAACGAAAAAUUGUCAAAGCACCUGAAAUAACUCUACCAGCAAUGAAAGCGGUACCAGAAGAGAAGGGCAGAGGAAGACGCCAGAAGGAUUUUGAUAACACCGAGCAAGAGGAAGAGAGUGAUGAUGAGAGCAGAAAAAGAGAGAAAAGCCGUGCCCCAGAAGAACUGUGGACUCAAAAUCAACAGAAACUUCUUGAAAUGGCCUUGCAGCAGUAUCCAAAGGGAACAUCAGAUCGCUGGGAUAAAAUAGCAAAAUGUGUUCCUGGAAAAAGCAAGGAGGAGUGUAUAGCAAGAUACAAGUUGCUUGUUGAACUGGUACAAAAGAAAAAAAUGGCUAAAAGCUGAAUGUUCUGAGCAGAAGAGAUGUAGCUGAUCUUUGUCAAAAUGGGGCUUUAAAUCUCAUGUGCAGGAAAUUGCGUUUUUGUACCUCAGUAUUUCUAUACAUCAUGUGCCUUAGUAAAAGAAAAUAUUAAUAAAUCUUAUACCAUCUUA